AUGGAGUCUUUUGGUUUCGAUUUUCUGUGCUUUGAUCGAUCGAUUGUGACUCUUGUUUUUGAAGGGGCAACUGAAGGAGGCAAGCCUUUUUUGGCCGAUCAGUUGUGUUGUUGGCUGGUCGAUGGUGGGGGCUAUGGCUGGCGAUGGCGAAGACCUUACUUGGGUUUCGUUUUGAGCUGCCCCGCCCCUACACGAGGCCACCGCCACCUCAUCCGCCGCCGUCUACGGCUGACCCCUACCAAAGACCACCACCUCCACCCAACCAGCCUUGCAGGAAGGCUAGAAGAGCAGAAUAAUUUUCAUGAUCAAUAUUCUCAAUCUGUUGAUACUCAACUUAUGGAUGUGCAGCGGCCUUUAUUGACUGAAUCAAGCUAUCAACAUUAUCCAGUUGGAACUGCACCUCCAUAUAGAACUCCUCUGGGUCAGUCACAGGAGCCUCCAUACAUCAGCUCAGGACAAUCAUCAUAUGCCAUGGACGUUCAUUUACCACCCUAUACAGCUAGAGAUGGAAACUUGGCUGGCGAUACUACACCAUUCUUGCAGCAAGAAAAAUCAUCUAUUAGUUCAUUAGUCCAUCGGCAGGAGGUACCUUCUAGUUAUUCUUCUAUUCCAGGUAAAGACGCUGGCAAUAUAAAUGGAGAGUUCAAUGGGUCUUCAUUGCUGCCUCCAGUUGCCUCAGUUUCACAGAUGUUUGUUCAACCACUGCCACCGGCAGUUGGUAGGUCUGGAUGGAUGGAGGAACCUCAUUAUUCACUUGGUGGCCAGCAGGCAGAGUCUGCAACUGAUUUAAGCGAUCAGCCUUUAAAUUUUGCACCUCAUUUUAAUCAUAAUCAGGACCCACAUAUGCAACCCCAUGCUCAUUUUUCUGGAGGUCCUGCAAGAGCUGUGGAUCCUGUUGCAGCUAUACCUUCAAACUAUGCUUGGGCUCCUGCUGCUUCAGAGGGUGUUUAUACUUCACAGCCUUCAACGAUCCCAUCAGGAUCACAGGUUUUGGAAGUUGAUCAUUCAAUGGUUCUGCCUUCUCCAGUGUCUGGACAUUCUACACCAAUGUUUCCAACUGGAGUAAGUUUCCAGCCAACAGGCCCAACAAUAGCUGCAUCUUUUGGUGUUGGCACCGGGUCUGCACUUCAUCCUACAAUAGCUUUUAAUGGGGAUGCAUUUGGUGUUUCCAGCGUCUCUGAGCGGCCUAGAAAGGCUUCGGUACCUAAUUGGCUUAGGGAGGAAAUAAUUAAGAAUAAAGCUUCCAUCCCGAGUUCUGUCCCAGAGUUCCCUAAAGAGGAUUCCCAAUCCAUGGACGAAGAAAGUGGUGAUAAAUCUUUUAGGAAGGGAGAUCAAGCAGACAGCAAAAGCAUUGAUUCUUCAAGAUCAACUGAUGAAGAAGAUGAGGAUGAGGUUGAGGUGGAGGCCGCUAGAUCUGCAGCUAUUAACCAGGAAAUAAAGCGUGUUCUAACUGAAGUGCUUUUGAAGGUUACUGAUGAACUUUUUGAUGAAAUUGCAACCAAAGUUUUGAAUGAAGAUGGCCUCACAGUUGAAGUUGACCACAACACUGACUUGUCAAAUCACGAAGUAUUGCCAUCUUUACCAGCCGGUUCAACAACCAAGGCCUCUGCAAAGAUUUUGGUUCCGACCAAGACGAAGGGAAUUGUGUCUCAGGUUGCUAGUGAAAAGUCUGCUGCUGCUGGGGAUGUACUUGGUCUUGCUAGUUAUGCCUCAGAUGAUGAUGAGGAGAUCCAGAGUUCUGGUAAGCUGGAGUCAAAAGAAAACUCUUCACAUGAGCAAUCAAUUUCAAGCAAACUCUUCAUAGGAACACCUGCUGUUCAGCAUGGUGGUUCGAAGGAAGAAGCUGUUGAACGCGGUAAUAUUCUUGCCAAUGCAGAGACUGAUGGUACUGGCAAAACAAAGGCAAACACUGUGGAUGCAAAUCUUGGUGCUGCAAGUACAGAUUUGAAUGAUGAUAGGGCAGCUAGAGAGUUGGCAAGCAUUGAUAAUCAACGCUCCUCUGAGACAGAAUCUGGAGUUGCAGAAGAUGAGAUGCGACAUGUCUAUGAUACUUUCAAGUCCAAGGAGACUGUAAUUGAAAAAGCUGUUGAGACAGUUGAAAGACAAGAUAGAAAUUCAGAUGCCAGAAAGUCAAAUAGGGAUGAUUCACCAAGCCGACGGAUGAGGCGUAGGUCAGAUAAUAAUGAUAGAAUCGAUAAUAAAAAGAACCAUACAGGGAAAGACGAUGAUAGGUUAGUAGAAAGUUUUAAGGAAAGAAUGGAUAAGAAGGGAGAUGAACCCCAUAGAAGGCAUGAAGAAAGGCACGCAAGAAAUGAAAAGACGGAUGAUCGUAAUGGCUCAAAAGAUAAAGUCAAGGGAUUAGGUAGGUCUAGGGAGAAAGUAAAGGAUUCUGAAUCAAGGAAAAGGCACCCAGAUAGAGACAAAAGUAGUGGCAAAGAAGAUAAUGAAAGAAGAGAGAGGACAAAGGAUGGGUUAAGGGAAAGAUCUAGGCAUAAAAAUGGAAGUGAAUCUAGCAGACACAAGCGGCGUCGUUCAUCUUCUGUUGAUGGUAGGGGUAGAGAGAGUAAAGAUAAAUCAGUGGUUAGUCAUGCUAAUGGUUCAAGUGAUGAGUCCUUGGAUGAUUCUAAAAGGAAAUCGCACCAUUCAAGAAAAUGUAAAUCACCAUCACCUGUUAGGUCAAGAAAAAGACAAGUUUCACAGUCUCCCCAUAGCAAGCACUCUCAGCGCAGGCAUUCUUCCUACUCUUCUCUUGAGACUACCAGGGGGAGGUCAAGAUCGAGAUCACCAGUACGUCGGAGAUAAUGAUCCAAAAGACGGGGUUGAGUUGAUGAGGAUCAAGCUAGCAAAGUAUUGUGCUAGAAGUCCAUGUUUGAAGGUUCGACCACAGCAGAAACCUACAUCGCAUUGUGAUGGUUGAUGGCCGGAGCAGAUAGAUCGAUCCAGUUGAAAAUAGCUCCCCGCUGUUCUUGUGGCAAACGAAAAGCUGGACGUGGAGUAGAUUGAUUAAUGCAUAUGUUAAUGGUUGUCGUAUUUUGCAUCAGAUUACAGUUCUUUCAGUAUGUGUGCGCUUUUUUGGCAUUUAGGCUUUGACAGUUCAUGAGUAAAUUUAUCUGCAAUAUAUGUGAUAUAAUCUUCUGGAAAUAUUAUUGGAUAAUAAAUUUUUAAUUGAAGUUUAGCAAAAUUUUGAAGGGUA